CAGGCGCUGGCCAGCUGCAUGUGCCACACUCACCACAGGACUUGGAAGUAAGAGGAGGACUCUCAACCGAUAAAAUGACAGAAGAUAAGAUCACCGGGACCUUGGUUUUCACUGUCUUCACUGCUACACUGAGUUCCUUCCAGUUUGGAUAUGACAUUGGUGUGAUCAAUGCACCUCAAGAGGUAAUAAUAUCCCAUUAUGAAUAUGUUUUGGGUGUUCCACUGGAUGACCGAAAAGCUAUCAACAACUAUACCAUCAACAGUACAAAGGAACUGCCCACGGUCCCGUACCUAGGGGAUUCAAUACCAACAUCUGUGGUGGAGGAAGAGACUACGGCAUCUGCUAGCCUCGUCACCAUGCUCUGGUCCUUGUCUGUGUCUAGCUUUGCAGUUGGUGGAAUGAUUGCAUCGUUCUGUGGUGGGUGGCUAGGGGAUCGGCUUGGAAGAAUCAAAGCCAUGUUGGUAGCAAACAUUCUCUCACUAGCUGGAGCUCUCUUGAUGGGGUUUUCAAAGCUGGGACCAUCUCACAUUCUUAUAAUUUCAGGAAGAAGCAUAUCAGGACUCUAUUGUGGACUAAUUUCAGGCUUGGUUCCAAUGUACAUUGGUGAAAUUGCUCCAACCACACUCAGGGGUGCUCUUGGCACACUUCACCAGCUGGCCAUUGUCACGGGCAUUCUUAUUAGUCAGAUUGUUGGCCUCAACUUUAUCCUGGGCAAUCAUGAGCGGUGGCAUAUCCUGCUUGGUUUGUCUGCUGUGCCAGCCAUCAUCCAGUCUCUGCUGCUCUUCUUCUGUCCAGAAAGCCCCAGAUACCUUUACAUCAAGUUGGAUGAAGAAGUCAAAGCAAAGAAAAGCUUGAAAAGACUCAGAGGAGGUGCUGAUGUCACCAAAGACAUCAAUGAGAUGAGAAAAGAGAAAGAAGAAGCGUCCAGUGAACAGAAAGUCUCCAUAAUUCAGCUCUUCACUAAUUCCAACUACCGACAGCCUAUUCUAGUGGCACUGAUGCUGCAUGUGGCUCAGCAAUUUUCUGGAAUCAAUGGGAUCUUUUACUACUCAACCAGCAUUUUUCAGACAGCUGGAAUCAGCCAACCUGUUUAUGCAACCAUUGGAGUUGGUGCCAUCAACAUGGUUUUCACUGCUUUCUCUGUAUUCCUUAUGGAGAAGGCAGGGCGACGCUCUCUGUUUCUAAUAGGAAUGAGUGGGAUGUUUUUCUGUGCCAUCUUCAUGUCUGUGGGACUUAUACUACUGGAUAAGCUGGCUUGGAUGAGUUAUGUGAGCAUGGUAGCCAUCUUCCUCUUUGUCAGUUUCUUCGAGAUUGGGCCUGGCCCCAUCCCCUGGUUCAUGGUGGCAGAGUUCUUCAGUCAAGGCCCACGGCCUGCUGCUUUAGCAAUAGCUGCAUUUAGCAACUGGACCUGCAAUUUCAUUGUAGCUCUGUGUUUCCAGUACAUUGCGAAGUUCUGUGGACCUUAUGUGUUUUUCCUCUUUGCUGGAGUGGUCCUGGCCUUUACUCUGUUUACAUUUUUCAAAGUCCCAGAAACCAAAGGAAAGUCGUUUGAGGAAAUCGCAGCAGAAUUCCGAAAGAAGAGUAGCUCGGCCAAAUCGCCAAAAGCUGCUGUGGAAAUGGAAUUCCUUGGAGCUACAGAGACUGUGUAAAGAUAAUCUGCUUUACAGGUUGGAAGGAAGAACAGAAACAGGAAGGAAGUUGUGUGUUUUUAACUGACGAUUCUUUGAGAAUUUUAUAUCUACGUCUUGACGUAUUGUGUUAUUUUUUAGAGAGCUUUAUGCACUCUUCUCAGAAAUGUCAUCAAAAGUUACCAAAGAAAGUAUUUUUUUUAAGUUAGAGCAUCUAUUUUUGAUAGUAAGACUCUGUAAUUAAGUAAACCAAAAGUCUAGCUCAUUUUACUACACCAAAGGGCAAGUACAUUGUACUGUUCCUAGCUCUAUUUCUUUAUAAGGAGGUUCUCCUGAAAUGGAAGCAGUUUCAAUGUAUCAUGUUACCUCUUCGUUAAGCAUGUGACUGGAAACCUGAAGCUGCAGCUCAUUUACAUAUUUGAAUAUGAUUAUGUUGACAUUUUCUUACCCGCAGACCUCAUACUAAAGGAGCUUUGGCUAGUGGUAAUAAGGUUCAUGUUAAAAUUGAUAACUUUUCUAUUUCUCCCACUCAGCUUUUUUCUUCUAUAUUAGAAUUUGUAUUUUGUUUAAAAUUUUAUUUUUUUCUGUAUUUUCACGUGAAAUGGUUUAUUGAGUAUAUUAAGAUAUGUUCAUAGAGAAAAACUAUUAUUUUUGGUAGUCCUACCAAAUCUUUUGGUACUCAGAAGAAAAAAAAAUUAGUUCCUUUGCUUGAUGACCAAAUAAUUUUUAUAAAACUAAACACUGGAAAAGUUUUUACUAGUCAUAUAGCCUGGGUUAUCAGUUAAUAUUAAUAUCUAUCAUAAAACUAUGUUAAUUCCUUGCUAGUUCAGUCCUUUGAGCUCUACUUUGGUUUGCUUUUAAAUUGAGCACAGCCUUGUUUUCUCAGCUGUAUUUUUCAUAAAGUACAUUCAAACAGUGAUUAAGCUGGGCAUUUUUGUAUCUCCUCAAACCCUAAAUAAGUUAGAGCAGUCUAAGGGAAAUUUGAAAUAAAGGACUGCUCUGUUUGUUAAAACAUAUUUUCUGUAUUAUGUUUCAAGACAAGUUGAAAGAGUAAGAUUGCAGGAAUCCUAAAGGUAGGCUCCUGAAACUUCAUGAAGGCUCAAUUUCAGACUUGAUCAAAAUCCCUAUUUACUUUUCUGGAUAGUCAUCCCCUUUGAUGUUCCUUCUUUGUCAUGGCAGUAUAUGGAUGCUAUCUGAGCCGUUUUAUUGCUAUUGCUAACAUUUCCUGUGUACUAUCUAUCUGCCAGGCACCCUUCUAAGUGCUUUUACCUAUGUAGGCAAAUUGGAAAUGCACAGAUGAUUAAACAGACUUUCACUUAUAGUCAAUUUUACAACUAUGGAAAUACAGUUCUGAUGGACACCAAAGGCUUAGCAGGGAGCUAAAGUAUCUCCAGGCUGUCUUCCCCACAAAGUGGAGCACUGAGUCAAUCCUUUUUAUGUUUGCUUUAAUGCGCAUAAAAGAAAGGUACUUUUUUUAAAAGUACUUUUUAUGAGUGAAGGUGGAAAAAAUGCUGAACACUUUUUUUCCCUAGAGUUGUUUAUCUUUAUACAAUUUGGAGUCCAGACAACAUAAAAGUAUUUCUUUUCACUUUGCUUUUUAUUCCCUUUGGACUAAUUUGGAAUAAAUUAUUUUUACUUAGGACUUCAGGACACAGUUAAAGUGAGCUUAAAUAGUUCAAAAGACUUUGGUGCCAGCUUGUGAACUCCAGAAAAAUUGUGAGGACUCUGAAUUGGGCAAGAGCAGGAGAAUGGCUCCUAUGUGGCUCUUGUCCUCUUCUUCAGGCUGCUGGUGGUCUUUGAGAAGCCCAAAGUUACAAUGAUAAAGAAGUUUAAUAUUUUUAUAGGUGAUGAAUGUCAUUUAAUCAAAUUGCUAUUUUUGAUCUCAUUUACUAAGAAAACAAAGAAGUAAACGUUUAAAUAAAGAAUGCAAAAGACCACUUUUAAGUUCUAAUUACUUAUUUCGACUGAUGCGUAAACACCAGAAAUUCAUAGCCUGGAGUUUUCUGCCUCAGAGAAAUUGAACUAAUUUACAUUGUUUCCCUUCCACAUCUUUUUCCUUGCAGAGAUACAAAUGAGUUGAAAAGAAACCUUAAGGUGAAGUAAGAAGCUGUUAAAGCUUUAUAGGAGGACAAAGGAACUAGCUUAACAUAAUAGAAUCUCCCUGGUCUUCAACUGCAUACAUCAUAAUAAAUAAUACAAUUGGCACUGAUUAAUUAGAUGUAAUCAUUGGGAAAUUAGAUGUGAGUUUGAACAUUUAAUUUUCGUAGUACUCUAUCAUUUUUCUGGAAGUCUUUUCAUACUCUAAUGUCCUAACAAAUGUGAUUUUUCUUAGCUUGUGAUUUUUCUUAGCUUUAAAGCAUGAUUACAAUUCUUGGUCUGGCCACUCACCUGCUACACCUAGCUAUUGCCCACUGUCAUGACACCAGUGAAAGGGUCCUCUCUUUCUCCUCUACGCAAUCAGCACUGUAAUGGCACUGAGAUACACUAAGACUCUGUCCCCUUCCUCCUCAAAGAGCUCACAGUCUAAUAAGCAGCUCAGGAAGACCAGGAUACGAAUGUUCCCAUGUGUGCCUUUUGCCACCCAUGAAACUUGAUUUGGAGACCUUGUAAAAUGGGCACAGUAAUAUAUAUUACCUACCUCAGAGAGUUGUGAGGAUUAAAUGUAAAGUGCUAAGCAGAGUUCCUAGUACAAAGGAGGUGCUCAAUAAAUGUUACCUAGAAUUAGUAUUCACAAAGAUACUGCUAAAAUAAAAGUUUGUCAUAUAUAUUGACAGUUCCACGUUUUUCUUUACUUUUUAAAAUUUUUCUUAUUUUUUUCCAAAUUUCUUUUGAGUAUAAGAAAUUUUAUAAAUUCAAUAUAAUAUUUUCUUAUUUCAAGCAACAAUUUCACAAUGACAAAGGAACGGUAAAAAAAUAAGGGAGAUUUUAGGCUAUCUAAUUCCUAAACCCAAACUUGAUAUUUCUAAGUUGGUUAUGAGUUUUUAUUGUAUUUUUAAAGUUUGCUUUUGCUUAAGUUAUUUUUUAAAAGGUUGUUAUGUAAUAUUAUUUCUUGAAUAAUACUAAGUACAGAGUAAAAUGCUGUCUACUUCAAUGCAAUUCAACAAGAUUAUAAUCACAGGACAAGACCAAACCUUCUUGAUAAUCCUCAAAAACUGGUGUUAUAUACAUGUAAACCAGUGUGCAUGCAUAAGCUACUUCUUCUUGCUAGAUUAUAGCACAUGCAGCAAAUAAGGCAAUGUCAGGCAAUAUCUUGUGCUUAUGGUGUCCUAAGAAGAGGUGCUGAGUAAAGUGUAAAGGAAUAUAUAAUUUUUCAUUAACAUUCUAUCAGUGACCUGAGGAGAAAAGGUUUGUUGCCAACCACUCUGAACCAUCUGCUUGUGUUUUUACUGCUUUCUAAUUUGGUGCACAUUAGGAAGAAUCAUCAUGAAAAGACAAUGGUUUUAAUUAGGGGUUUAUAUACACUAUAGUUUUAUGUCAAUAAAUACAUUUCUGAAUGCUUAAGUGUGGUUUGAUUUUAUAAAAAAAAUCCACACAUAAGAAAAUGAAUAUUGGUUUACUAUAAUAUAUCUUUGUUUCUUUCUUACAGUAUUGUUCCUUUUCUCAUUUUAAAGAUAUAUGUGAGUUACUUUUUAAAUUCAAAUUUUCUUUCCAUCAGGCAGUUGUUUUGAUUAUCAAGAGUAGGAAAACUAACCUGAAGUCUAGGUAAGAACAACUGACUCCCUUUGAUAAAAUAAAAAUAAUUUCUUCAGGAAAUAUUUAGUUGAACUCCCACUGUAAAUAAGACACUUGUUAAAAUUUGUGAAAGACACAAAACUUAGAAAACAUGGUCCAUAUCACUUGCAUUCUCAUAAAAGGGAUUAAAGUUUAAAACAAAUAGUUACAGUAUGAAGGAGAAAAUAGAAAAAAAACUACAGUGGUUUUUAAGUUGACCUCUAAAAUUUUUGUUUAAAUAGCUGCAAAGGAUGUUCUUUUUAAAAAUACAGUAUAUACUGAUAUUUAAAAAUUGUUGGGCUCUAUUUAUCCAAUGGAAUAUAAAUACCAUAGUAAUUUCUUACUCAUCACAACUAUUAAGAUAUAUAUAAAUACAUAUAAAUACAUAUAUAUUAGCAGUUAGAAAUUUUAUUGCAUUCUUCUCUAUUCUCAUAUUUCCUUUACAUUUCCCCCAAAGAAUUUUAUCCCAAACAACAAAUUUAAAUGCUUUAAAACAACUCUUUGAUGAUUCUGAGUUUCUGCGACAAAAAUAUCUAUAAUUUGAAUUUUUAUGUUUAAAAAUGUCCCAUGUCAAAAAGGUCAAAAUGUUUAACAUUUUUUUCUGGAUUGAGUCAGCAUUUAUGAUUAUUUGUAGGAUACAAAUGAUGAAAAAAUCUGUAUUGUGCCUUUUGAUAUAAUUAUUAAUUUUUUAAGUCAUUAUUUUAAAUUUCAUCUCAAUGAGAAGCAUGAGUUAUUUAUUUUUCAAUCAAUUAAAAUAUUAGUUGGGUGGAUAUUUCUUACUGCUAAAGUUAAAGAGUGUUCGGCAUAAAUUCUAUUAUUACACUUUGUUAUUAUAGAUGUAUUUAAAAAAUCUUAUUCUCGGGUGCCUGAGUGGCUCAGUCGGU